AUGGUUGAGAACUUCAAAGUUUGCUUCAAACCAAUAUCAAAUGAUACUUUGGACAUCAGAUUCAUUAAGUGGAACAAUAAUAACUUCUCUAGUGUCAUCCUUAAUGUUGAUGGUAGCUGCCUUGGUUCCCCUAUUAGAGCUGGCUUUGGUGGUGUCUUAAGGAAUUAUGCUAGUUUUUACCUUUCAGGAUUUUCAGGUUAUAUUCAUAAUUCCUCUGAUAUUCUCCAAGUUGAGUUACUUGCCAUUUACCAGGGCCUCUUGCUAGCCAAAUCGAUGAACAUUGAUGCGAUUGUUUGCUACUCUUAUUCCUUACAUGGUAUAAAUCUCAUAAAAGGUCUUCCUAUGAAAUACCAUGUUCAUGUUGUGUUGAUUCAAGACAUAAAAGACUUACUAGAGCAAUGUGCAGAUUUUAUGGUCAAGCCAAUGUGCAGAUUUUAUGGUCAAGCCAAUGUGCAGAUUUUAGGGGUUCACACCAUUCGGGAAGGAAACCAAUGUGCAGAUUUUAUGGUCAAGCUUGGAUCUUUAUCGAAUGUGGACCUCCUCAUCCAUCCUUCUCCUCCGGAUGAUAUUAUGAGUCUUCUCAAGAACGACGCAGCUGGAACUUUUUUCCCAAGGAAUUAG